AUGAGCAUACAAUUUUAUAACAUUAACAGGGUUAUAUUUCGAUUAACGAAUGUUGUAAUUUUACUAACAUCCAAUUGAAAUGGGCACAUGUGGAAAUUAGAUUUCCCGUUCUGUUUAUUCAGAUACUGACAGACGUUUCAGAGGAAAUUACUGCCUCCAUCAUAACCCUGAUGUUGGAGGCAGUGAGCUCCUCUGAUACAUCGGUCAGUAUCUCUCACACUACUUAAUGCAACAUCCAUCUUCAAACACAUGGCUAUGUGAGUACUACAUCUAGCUGAAUCGGAACAUUACUACUUUAAGACUUAUGGCUUUUUGAAUGCUUUUUUAUUUUAAUGGCUAGAUAGAUUGUUUCAUCACAAUUAUUUCCCCUCUUCCUUUUGCGGCUUUUAAUGGUGUUCUAUGCCAAAUCACGACGGAGAUGACACAGGGCUGUGUUGUCAUUCACUGAAUCUCUUAGAAAUGGGAAAUGAGUCAUGUUUUCACCCCAGAUGUUUGGAAGACUGGUAUCUGACAACUUUAAUAAUACAUUUUAAUUGCAAAUGUUCAGUCUGGGUAACGAUGACAUCACUUACGGGCAGACACCAGAUUGCCAUACACCUGGAACAUAAUUUGCUUCAUAAUUUCACUCUGCUCUGUUUUUGCAGGGAGGCAGAAUGAACUGCUCUAGCAGGGAAUGCCCCAUCACAUGUUCCAGCAGUGAGGAUUCCUCAGAAUGCUGUAGGAUCUGCACAGAGUCACGAACAUCCAACUACAGGCCGGCAUCACCUGAUGUUGUGGCGUGCAUCCACAAUGGACGUAUCUACAAGGAUGGACAGAACUUCCCAUCCAACUCGACUGGAAUGAAAGUUAACAGCCCCAACCAGUGCGUCCAAUGCAAGUGCCAGGAAGGACUUGUAUUAUGUGAAGUACAGACAUGCCAGGAGCCAAGCUGCCAUGAACCAAUGCACAGUCCUGACAACUGCUGCCCUAUAUGCCCAGAAGUUGCUGGUAACAGAGAAUUAUCAUCCCCUGUGACAUUCAAGGACCCAACUGCCCCACGGGACCGACGAGACAAGGAUUGCAUAUCAGCUGGCAAAUAUUAUUUAGAUGGGUCAUCAUGGCAUCCUGUGAUUGGUCCAUUUGGUCCAAUGGAUUGUGUCAUGUGCCAGUGUAACUCUGGAAACAUUGUGUGCAACAGAUUCAAGUGUCCAAGUCGAGCAGAACUGCCAUGUGUGAAGCCGGCAAAGCAGUUUGGUCAAUGCUGCCCUAUCUGCCCCAUUACAGUUAUGUCAGCAGUACAACAAGGAAUACCAGAAGUUGGAGCACUGCAGUGCAUCCCUAAAGCUGCAGAGCUGGUUGUAUACCGGGCCCAAGGUGCAGGAAAUCUUUCAGAGUUUCUGCAGUAUGCAUUCCAACAUCCAGAUGCUAAGGCAGGCGAAACUGAGUUGCACUCAUGGGUGAUGAGAAAUGGAGCCGUCCAUUCCUUCCAACUGCAGACAAUCACUGCAAGCAACUUCGAGGACCUGAGACAUAAGUUCCAUUUUGUACCUCUUGGCACAACAUCUGGAAAGCAUGCGAGCAAAUUCGAAAGGCGUGAGAAGAAGCUUAGGCGACGGUGCAAGACAAAAUGCAGCUCCAAAGUGCAACGCUUAGAGGAGGUGCUGAGCCUUGGCAAGGUAGCACUUCGGAAGACGUGUCUCGCCUCAGAAAUGUUGCUGCCAUCUCUAUGAGGCAUAUUUUUAGUAGCACGUCAAUUUAUAGCUAUGUAACAACUACAUGGUUUUUCAUUAUGUACAGCUAUUUUGAAUGCCAAACACAGGGAUGGGUUAUGCAGGCAGCACAAACAAUUCCUUGUAUAGUAGUCACAGUGAAUCCAAAAUAUCAUGAUGAUGUCUGUAAAAUAUGUCUGCCUUCUUUGAGUAAUCUCAAUUUAAAAUUAUUUGGGAAGAUUUUAACAGGACCAAGAUUAAUAACCAAACAUCCUAAAAAUGCUAUCAAGAUACAAAAUUUUAUGUUGGAUUCAGUUUGAAUAUUGCUUUACUUUAUUGGCAUUUUAUUCCAUUUGCAUGGUCCAUUUACUUUAACAGCUGCAACUUAGUAAGUUCUAGGAGAAAAAAACACUGGCUGUCAAGUAACUAGAGGUACCAAUUCAUGGAUACACUGACUAACAUGCACGUAACCUGUAAGUAUGUAACAUAAAUACUCACACUAGGUAUGAAAGCCAAUGAUAACCUCAAAUCCUACAGAUGUUAUAACGUUUGCAAGGAUAUAAAAUUCCUUUCAUUGGAAAUCAAAAUAUUUUACCCUUUUAAUGCCAUAUCUUUUUCAAGCAACUGCAAGAUUUUAUAAUAAAAUUUCUUUAAGCACAUAUUUAUACCAAUAUUUCAACAGCCUUUGGUAGAAUUCUUGUGAUGAGGAAAUAUAUACUAGCUUUUAAUCUAGUGCCAGUAUUCAAACUCACAAAGCAAGCAAUAUGAGGCCAUUCAGUUUUGACAUGAAGCACAACUACUUAAGAAAUUGAAACUGAAUGAACUGAGGAGUAGCACAGCAGACAUUACAUUAGGUAAUAAGUAUAAUCAUAGUGGUGAAAAUAUAGUUCUCAACAUACUGAACAAACACCUUACACAACUAGCAACAUGAAAUCUGCUGUGAUGACUACUGUACAAGUCAAUAAUGUCACUAUUUUGAAAGGCUCAAAGUCCCUAAAGAGUUUGUUGCUAAGUGACAGAUAUUUCAAACAAUAAAAUCAAAAUUCCAAUCCCAGACCAAAAUGUUGGAAAUGUGACAUCGUACCAUGGGGACCCAUAUGAAAAAAAAUGUUUAUUGUAGCUUGUUAGAUGCUUCAGGGGGUUUUCCUGUUUCUGAAACCUUCUGCUAAACUAGCACAAGCGAAUACUAUUUUACAAAGAAGCAAUAACCUUGCAAACAACUAAGAAUCAAACAACAAAACCUCUCUUAUUAUACAAUACACAUAAAUAUAACAGGAUCAGUGAUAAUCUGUUUGUAAAUUUUAUUGCAUGCAUGAUAUCAUAUGCAAAAUAUCACCCAUAUAACAUUGGUCUGACUGUAGUUCUCAUUUUAUCAGUCUUUAAGGGGCACUUAAUUGUCCCUUCAGUGUAAAGUAUUGAAUAUGAAGUUUGCCUUGGCAUUAUUGUUGUGAUAUUUUAUUAAGGAAUUCAGUCAGUUUUAGUACAUAAAAUGUAGAGUAUGACUU